GGGCGACGCGUGGAGGUGCCAAAUACUGCAAACGUGGCAGCACUCUGAAUUCCUCAAGUGCAAAUCACACGGCCUACAGUCAUCACACACCGCUUCUCAUCGGUUAGGCAUUUCAUCAAACAUCUAGCCUGCAAUUCUUAAAAUCAGUCUGAUUAUAGCAUGAGAAAAUUCAGUUUCACUUCUUCUUGUUUAUGAUAUCUCAUAAUUUCAAAUGAGGAAUGUGUUUGCAACUCUCAAGCGUCACCGGCAUCUCUCAAUUCUCUCCAAAACUCCAUUUCAUAAUGGUAAUGUUAUAAUGAAUCAUAUGGAGAUCAGAAGGAGAAAAGAAAUUUUGUUUCUGCCAUACUUUAAGCUCCACAGAUUCUCGACAGGUUUCACCAGUGUACAUGGUGAAAGUCCAUCUGCUGAGUAUGCAAAAUUAAGGAAGGAAUCGCUUGAAAGUGAAUUUGGGCAAGCCCUUGGUGCCUAUAGUUCCAAGAGAGUUUCUGUCAUCUAUAGAUUUGGUCCAUUUUUGGCCCUCUAUAGAGCAGCAAUUGUUUCGUUUUACGUUUUUAAGUUAACUCUUUGGCACAUUUCUCUCCGAGAUGUUAAAAAACGCGCUAUUAAGUUCCGGGAAACGCUAAUCAGCUUGGGGCCAUUCUAUAUAAAGCUUGGGCAGGCUUUGAGCACAAGACCAGAUAUUUUGCCCACUGUGUAUUGUCAAGAGCUUGCUGAGUUACAGGAUCAAAUACCGCCAUUUCCUACCCAUGUUGCAUUUAAAUCUAUCGAAUCCCAGCUUGGUGUUCCAGUUUCACAAAUUUUUUCUGACAUUAGUCCAGAGCCUAUUGCUUCUGCAUCCUUGGGGCAGGUUUAUAAAGCUCAUCUGCAUUCUGGUGAGCUUGUAGCCGUCAAGGUGCAGAGACCGGGUAUGUCAGUUUUGUUGACCCUUGACGCACUGUUAUUUCAUAUGAUUGGUGGCCAACUAAAGCGUUUUGCUAAGGCUCGUAAGGAUCUGUUAGUGGCAGUGAAUGAGAUGGUCAGGCACAUGUUUGACGAAAUUGAUUAUGUCCUAGAGGGGAAAAAUGCUGAACGCUUUGCAUCUCUCUAUGGCUGUGAUCCAUGUAAUGAUUCAGAAGGUCAUCAAAAUGUGAGGGUUGGUAAUGCCCUGCACCAGAAGAAAGAAAUAUGUGUUAAAGUUCCUAAAAUAUAUUGGGAUAUGACCUGCAAGGGUGUUCUGACGAUGGAAUGGAUAGAUGGAAUCAAACUUACAGAUGAUGCAGCACUAAAGAAAGCACUUUUGAACAGAAAGAAACUAAUUGACCAAGGUUUAUAUUGCUCUUUGAGGCAGCUGCUUGAGGUGGGAUUUUUCCACGCUGAUCCACAUCCAGGAAACCUUGUUGCUACUGACAGCGGUUUUCUUGCAUAUUUUGACUUUGGGAUGAUGGGGGAUAUUCCACGUCAUUACCGUGUGGGACUCAUCCGAAUGCUUGUGCACUUUGUUAAUCGUGACUCUCUGGGUUUGGCAAAUGAUUUUCUUUCUUUGGGAUUUAUUCCUGAAGGGAUUGACAUCAAAUCAGUAUCGGAUGCAUUGCAAGCGUCUUUUGGUGAUGGGAUUAGACAAUCUCGAGAUUUUGAGGCAAUAAUGAAUCAACUGUAUGAUGUUAUGUAUGAAUUUGACUUCUCCCUUCCCCCGGAUUAUGCUUUAGUGAUAAGAGCACUUGGGUCUCUUGAGGGCACGGCAAAAGUUCUGGAUCCUAAUUUCAAAGUUGUUGAGAGUGCAUAUCCUUUCGUCAUCGGUAGGCUUUUGGCAGACCCAAAUCCUGAUAUGAGAAGAAUUUUGAGGCAACUUCUUAUAUGCAAUGAUGGAUCAAUAAGAUGGAAUCGGUUGGAACGCCUGGUAGCGGCAAUAUCAGAACAGGCUUCAGCGUCAACAGGAGAGGACUCUAAUUCUGAAGAAAAUGCAAAAGAUACUUUUGUAUGGAAAUCCUUUGAUAUGGGUUGUGUUGUUGGUGCCACUGAAGAUCUUUUGCUCUUCAUUCUAUCUGAAAAGGGUUGGAGGGUUCGUGUUUUCCUUGUCCGGGAUAUAAUUAAGGUUGCUGAUGCCUUUUUACAAGAUGAAGUUGUUGGUUGCAUAUUAGAUGAGAAACAUGAAGCAAGAGGAGCAUCUAGGACUGAGGGCCAUUCAGUGGUCAUGAGGGUGGUUAACGGAUUCCAUUAUCUACGUCAAGCAGUAAAGCUGGCACCGGAGAUGUGGACUGCAAUGCUUAUACGAUUAGCAUUGAGGCCGGAUUUUCAUGCAUUUACAGUCGACAUUAUUUCAGCCCUUGCUGUUAAUUAUAGCCAUAAAAUUCCUGAAACUUUCUGGACUUUUACAUCGAGACUACUGCAUAAGAUGGAGAAGAACAGAUUUGAUGAGCUAUAAUCCUUUAUUAAUCUGCAUUUUUAUAGUAUGAUAUUUUCAGGAUAAUGUAAAUAUAUGAGUAGCCUUGAAGGCCAAUCAAAAGAUGUUGAGAAGCAUAAUUCUUCUGAUGGGUCUCUUUCUAUGGAUGUAGUUUCCUAGAUCCAAGGGCACCUGCUUAGGAUAGAGUAGAAAUUUAUAUUUUUCUGAUUUAUCCCUCAAUAUUUGUUGUUUUGGACAAUUUCACAUAAAUAAAAAAAUAAUAAAUAUGUUUUAAUUUA